AAGUUAGCAUUAAAAAUGGUGGCGGCGAGUAACCUCGCUGACAUUUGUUUUGAUGCGUAAAUAUUUGCAUUUGGAUUGAGUUUAUAUUUAUUUCAAAGCGAAUUACACAAACUUUUGUGCACAAAUUUAGUGGAGCAAAAUAAAUAAUCAACUACAAUGGCUGACGCGGCUGCUAGGCAGUUGCAAUACGAAUACAAAGCCAACUCCAAUCUCGUCCUUCAAGCUGAUGUUCGUUUGAUUGAGCGUCGCGGUCGUGAUGAGGCGACGGGAGAGGUUCUAUCCCUGACCGGGAAGCUUGGCGGGACCCGGAUGGGUGACCGGGCUCAGCGUACUAAGCCUGAUAAAGCUGAAGAGAGAAAGGCCAAGCGACAGAAACGUGACGAAGCAUCCUAUGAGCUGUCCAAGUCUAAAACCGCUCGCGUGGCGUGGGCGGACGACACCCCGGGUGUCCUAUACCGACCGCGGGCUCAGCACACGAGGCACGCUUAUGAACUGCUGCUGUCGUUCAUGCAGAGCGCUCUUGGGGACCAACCGAGGGAUAUAUUGUGCGGGGCUUGCGAUGAAGUGUUGGUUGUCCUCAAAAACGACAAACUAAAGGAUCCAGAGAAGAAAAAAGAAAUUGAGAUGUUGUUAGGACCGAUUCCUGAUGAGAGAUUUGCACUUUUAGUCAACUUAGGCAAGAAGAUAACAGACUUCAACAUCAGCUCGGCGACAGAAGGGAACACAGAGAUCGAUGAGACUUACGGCAUCAAUGUCCAGUUCGAAGAGUCUUCGGAGGAGGACGACGAAGAUGCUUACGGGGAGGUUCGCGAGGAAGAAAAAGAGGAGGGUGAGGGCACAGACAACGAAAAAGACAAAGAGAGCUCCGGGGAAGAGGACAGCGACGGAGAAGGGAAGAAGAAUGCUAUUCAUGCCAACCUGUCCGAAGAAAUGUCGGCCAAACGUCGCGACACGACACUCCACCCGAUGGAUAUCGACGCGUACUGGCUUCAAAGACGGCUGUCCAGGCAUUUCCCCGACGCUAUGGUGUCUCAGGGCAAAUCAAGCGAAGUCCUUCGCGCGUUAGCCGAGGCGGCCGACGAGCGCGACCUGGAGAACAGACUAGUGUUGCUGCUCGGCUACGACUGCUUCAGCGUCGUCAAGCUGCUCAACAAGUACCGAUACACCAUUCUCUACUGCACCAAGCUGGCCUCAUCCCAGUCAGAAAGCGAGCGCGCCGCCAUCCGAGAGGAGAUGUCCAAGCAGCCGCACCUUCAGAAGAUAUUGGCUCAGCUGGACACCGGCAAGGGAGAUGACGAGAUGACCGGCCAAGAAUCGGAAGUGCCCCGAAAAAGGCACAAAACGGACACCGAACCCGAGGCCUCGGACCCGCAGUCCGGCGGCCAAGUACAAGGCUCGCGCAAGGUGCUAGCGUUGGAAGAGCUGGUCUUCGCGGCGGGAGCACACUUCAUGGCCAAUAAGAGGUGCCAGCUGCCGCCCGGGUCAUUCAGGAAGCAGAGGAGAGGCUACGAGGAAGUCCACGUGCCGGCCCUCAAGCCGAAGCCCUUCGAAGAAGACGAGACUUUGGUCGCCAUCGAGAAACUUCCGAAAUACGUGCAGCCGGCUUUUGAAGGGUUCAAGACGUUGAAUAGGAUUCAGAGUCGCAUAUCCAAAGCAGCGUUGGAGACGGACGAGAAUCUCCUGGUUUGCGCUCCUACAGGUGCCGGGAAGACCAACGUGGCUCUCCUGUGUAUCCUGCGGGAGGUGGGCAAACACGUGAACGACGACGGGACGGUCAACGUGAGCGACUUCAAGAUGAUAUAUGUCGCGCCGAUGCGGUCUCUUGUACAGGAGAUGGUGGGAAACUUCAGCAAGCGUUUAUCAGCAUACAACAUGAAGGUAUCAGAGCUGACGGGAGACCACCAGCUGACCCGGGAACAGAUUGAAGCCACUCAGCUUAUCGUCUGCACUCCGGAAAAGUGGGACAUCAUCACCAGGAAAGGCGGCGAGCGUUCCUUCACGAAUCUGGUGCGGCUGAUCAUCAUAGACGAAGUGCAUCUACUCCAUGACGAAAGAGGGCCAGUGUUAGAAGCCCUGGUCGCCAGGACCUUGAGGACAGUUGAGCAGACUCAGGAGGAGGUCCGCCUAGUGGGUCUGUCGGCGACACUGCCCAACUAUACCGACGUUGCCGCCUUCCUGCGGGUCAGGCCGGAACAAGGACUGUUCUACUUCGACAACUCCUUCAGGCCUGUAGCCCUAGAACAGCAGUACAUAGGUGUGACAGAGAAGAAAGCGCUGAAGCGCUUCCAAGUGAUGAACGACAUCGUAUAUGAGAAGACGAUGGAACACGCUGGCAGGAAUCAGAUACUGGUAUUCGUGCACUCAAGAAAAGAAACUGGUAAGACUGCGCGCGCGAUCCGUGAUAUGUGUUUGGAGAAGGACACUCUGGGGCAGUUUUUGAGGGAGGGUUCAGCAAGCAUGGAAGUGCUCCGAACGGAAGCGGAGCAGGUAAAGAACCCGGAACUUCGUGAACUACUGCCGUACGGGUUCGCCAUCCACCACGCCGGGAUGAGCCGAGUGGACAGAACGCUGGUUGAAGACCUGUUCGCUGACAGGCAUAUACAGGUCCUAGUAUCCACUGCCACUCUCGCGUGGGGCGUCAACCUGCCGGCCCACACCGUCAUCGUCAAAGGGACCCAAGUGUACUCCCCGGAGAAAGGACGGUGGAGCGAGCUUGGGGCUUUGGAUGUACUUCAAAUGCUGGGCAGAGCUGGGCGGCCGCAGUACGAUACUAAGGGAGAGGGUAUCCUGAUAACAAACUACUCUGAACUCCAAUACUACUUGUCGCUGCUCAACCAACAGCUGCCGAUCGAGUCGCAGCUGGUCAGCAAGCUGCCGGACAUGCUGAAUGCCGAGGUCGUGCUGGGCUCCGUGCAGAGCGUGCGGGACGCGGUCACGUGGCUGGGCUACACAUACCUGUACAUCCGAAUGCUGCGUCAGCCCGCACUGUACGGAGUCACUCCUGAGAAGCUGCAGGAAGACCCGUUGCUUGAACUGCAUAGGGCUGACUUGGUUCAUACUGCUGCGAAUCUUUUGGACAAAGCCGGCCUAAUAAAAUACGAACGCAAAUCCGGCCACUUCCAACCGACCGAACUCGGCCGAAUCGCAUCGCACUACUACUGCACAUACGAAACUAUGCAAUGCUACAACCAACUGCUGCGGCCGACGCUCGGCGAGAUCGAACUGUUCCGAGUGUUCUCUCUGUCGGCGGAGUUCCGGCACGUCGCGGUGCGCGAAGAGGAAAAGCUUGAGCUGCAUAAGCUCAUGGAGCGGGUACCGAUCCCAAUAAAAGAGAGCAUAGAAGAGCCUUCAGCGAAGAUCAACGUCCUCUUGCAAGCGUACAUAUCCCAGCUGAAGCUGGAAGGGUUCGCGCUAAUGGCUGACAUGGUGUACGUGACCCAGUCUGCUUGCCGCCUGCUGAGGGCGAUAUUCGAGAUCGUGCUGCAUAGAGGCUGGGCGCAAUUGGUGGACAAGACGCUGGCGCUAUGCAAAAUGGUGGACCGACGCAUGUGGCAGUCUAUGUCACCGUUGAGACAGUUCAGGAAGAUGCCUGAAGAAGUCAUAAAGAAGCUAGAAAAAAAGAACUUCCCCUGGGAGAAACUGUACGAGUUAGGUCCCAACGAAAUAGGAGAAUUGGUGCGCGCACCUAAACUCGGCAAGAUGAUACACAAGCAUGUGCACCAGUUCCCUAAGCUGGAGCUGGCCACACAUAUCCAGCCUAUCACCAGGUCCACGCUUAGAGUGGAACUGACGAUCACGCCGGACUUCCAGUGGGACGACAAGGUCCACGGCCAAUCGGAAGCCUUCUGGAUCCUGGUGGAGGAUGUGGAUUCCGAGGUGAUCCUGCAUCACGAGUACUUCCUGCUGAAACAGAAGUACUGCAAGGAUGAGCAUCAGGUGAAACUCUUCGUGCCAGUCUUCGAGCCGUUGCCGCCACAGUACUUCUUACGGGUGGUGUCAGACAGAUGGAUAGCCUCCGAAACCCAGCUGCCAGUAUCGUUCCGACACCUCAUACUGCCUGAGAAGAACCUCCCACCUACAGAGCUAUUGGACCUCCAACCGCUGCCUAUAUCAGCGCUACGGAACCCUGAAUACGAAGCGCUGUAUAGCGACAUAUUCCCGCAGUUCAACCCUGUGCAGACACAGGUGUUCAACGCAGUCUACAACUCGGACGACAACGUAUUCGUCGGUGCGCCGUCCGGCUCCGGCAAAUCUGUGAUCGCUGAGUUGGCACUACUGCGGCUGCUAUCGGCCAACAGCGGUGGUCGCGCUGUGUACCUGCUGCCUAAGGACGCGUUGGCUGACGUUGUGUUUGCUGACUGGUACCAUCGGUUCGGCGCCAAGUUCAAUCUGAAGGUACUUGAGAAGUUAGUGAUCGCUGAGUUGGCACUACUGCGGCUGCUGUCGGCCAACAGCGGUGGUCGCGCUGUGUACCUGCUGCCUAAAGACGCGUUGGCUGACGUCGUGUUUGCUGACUGGUACCAUCGGUUCGGCGCCAAGUUCAACUUGAAG